CACCACCACCACCGCCAACUACCACUAGCGGGAGCACGAUCACCAACACCACCAACCACCACCGUCGUCGUCGUGGUCGUCGUCGUCGUCGUUGGCGCUCUGCCCCCUCGCGGCUUCCCUUUUUCCCUCCGUUCGUUGUUGUUGUUGUUGUUGUUGUUGUUGUUGUUGUUGUUGUCGCCGUUGUCGUCGUCGUCGUCGUCGUCGUCGUCGUCCUCGUCGUCGUCGUCGUCGUCGUCGUCGUCCCGACGGACGACGCACCGCUGCUCGGCAGAAUCGCACGGCCAGUAAUCGCGGUAUAACCCCGUAACCUGCUCACUGUGUGCCUCGAGGAUGGCACUGGCGAACACUGAUACGCAAGAUCAUGCGGCGCAGCGCGCCAUGCGCAUUGCGCAGGACUUGCAUUUCACGGUACGAUUGGUUGCACGGUGCCCCGUUCACUUGCGGCCGCGUCCGCAAUGGACACAGCUGGCACGUUCCUGUGAACGACCAGCGCGGCCUGCUGUGAUCGAUUUUUACCGAGCCCGCCGCGAGAGGUCGCUGGCGCGAUCUCCCUGGCGGCGCGUUUUACUUCGCACGAUUGAUAUCGUGAACCAGCCUUGUGCGUUCGUGUAUAUUUGGAUUUAUGAUUCCCCUCGCGCUGCACCGAAGCCACGAAACAAUGAAGAACGCAACGUUGUAGCCUCCAUGUUGCACACGCGAUUGGUCGGUUCUUUUGUACGUGAUCCUCACGCGUUCUAUAAAUCCGCCGUCAUAAGCCUAUGAGAGUACGAAGCUUUCAGGUCGGACAGCUGAUGCGCGAUAUUCUUCAUUCAUUUUGUACUUCAUCCAACAGCCAAUUAGCGCGCCCGAUCAGUUUGUCGAUUAAAUGUAUUGGACUGAAGAGUGGCGAAGAGAAAAUGCGUGCAAUCCUUCUACGUUUGUUUAUACGCAAUUGCCUCCGUACAUUUUACAAAGUGAAUAAAAUUGAUAUGUAUGUUACAUAAAUACAGUUGUACUAUUGUGUGAGAUAUUUUUAUGUUUUCACUCACAGAGAAAGUAGGAAAGAGAAUGCAUAUUGAAGAUAAGGAUUAAAAUAAAUGUGAUUUUCACUGAAAUAUUAUCUCCAUAUUUUCCUCCUUUUAUUUCCUUCUUCUAUGAAGAAUGAUUCAGUGUGGGAGCGAGUGUUGACGGUCGAGCAGAUCAUGCAACACCGAUAAUAUAGUUUCAUUACCUUUUUUUGUGGGAAAGUAGGAAAAUAGAAGUAAGUGCAUUAAAAAUGGCAAAAUUUGAUGAAGAUAUGUAUCUGGAACAAAUUCCACUAACUGUAUACAAGGAAUUGAUCUAUGAAUUGGACAAAAAUUCGAAUUGGAAAGUAUUGGCUUGUCACUUGGCUGAACAACUUGGAUAUUCACGUAACUCAUGGCUGCAGUCACUGCAACAAGGUACAAGUUCUACAAAAACACCAGCAGCUAAUCUACUGUUUGAAUUAAAUAUAAAAAUGUGUACAAUUGGUAUACUUUGUACAUUACUUAAAGACUGUGAACUUGUUAAUGUCCUAUCGGUUUUAUAUCAUCCAGAGCUUUUGACAAUUGUCAAACAUCCAUCUGACAAUAUGGAACAUAAUACAAUAGAAUUAUCCUUUGAUCAGCAUCUAUGUCUUUCUUGUAAAGCUACUGGUGUACCAUUACCUACUUAUAAAUGGUAUCACAACAAUAUUGAGCUACUGGAACAACAAGAACAUGAACUUGAUAUUAUUAUAACUAGUUCCAAUCAAGCUGGGGAAUAUAAGUGUAAAGUAUCACAGAUGACUAAUGAUGGAAGCAUAAUUUCUAUAUUAAUGACCAAAUCAGUUUUUGUAAAUAUAUCCCCUGUACCUGUAGUUAUACAGCAACAACCACCUAUUCUUUUAGAAGUUAGAGAAGGAGAAGACUUUGUAAUUAGUUGUACAGUACAUAGCUAUCCAGAACCACAUUAUCAAUGGUUCAGAGAUAAUACAAAACUAGAAGGAGAAACAUCCAAUAUAUUGCACAUAAAACAAUUUAACUCUAAAUUUGAAGGAAAGUAUUAUUGUUAUAUAACCAACAACGUCAGCGAGGUUUUUACUCAAAGAUGUCAUGUGAUGGAGGAUUUACCUCGUCAAAAGGCAGUUGCAAAAAUAGCUUUAAUUAUAGCAAAUGGUGAUUAUGAAAAUCAUAAAUGCCUAAAGACACCCAAAAAUGAUGCUGCAAAAAUUGGUAAUCUAUUAAAAGAGAUUGGUUUUAAAGUGAUUUGUUUUGCAAAUUUAUCUUUUGAACAGAUGAGAAAAGCUAUGAAAAUAUUUGGUGAAGUUUUAACAGAAGGUGUUUAUGGAUUAUUCUACUAUGCUGGGCAUGGUUUUAAAAUGCAAGAAAGUUACAUGCUUGCUGUUGAUGCACCAGAAUCUUAUUUAAGAAAAGAUGCAAUUUGCGAAAGUGAAUUGUUAGCUACAUUAUUACAAAAUGAUCCUGCUCUUUUAGUAACAAUAUUGGAUAUGUGUCAAACUGUACCACCAAAAGAAUGUAAUCCUGAUAUUCAUAAUGAAAUACCAAAAGUUAAAGAAUUUAAGAGUAGAAAAAACCUAAGAAAUCUAGUGCAAGCAUACUCUACAUCUAGUCAUCGCCCUAGUUAUGAACGAAUAAACAGCAAGUAUGGAUUGUAUGCGACUCAUUUGAGCAAAUACAUCAGUAAAGAUAUCCCAGUUACAAAAAUAUUUGAAGAAGUAGGGAAAUCGAUAGAUACAUGGUUGAAAGGAACAGAGCGUAACCAAAUACCAAUGUUUGCAUUAACCAUUACCAAACCUUUCCGCCUCACCGAUGCCAUUUACAAAAGAAACCCAUCAUCUGCAUUGAAUAACUUGAAUAAAUUAAUAGCCUUCUCAGCCAAUUCUUUUGAAAUAAAUUUCAAGCAAGCUGCUAUCUCAGCAAAAGUUACAAUUUCAUUAUUUAUGGAGCCUUAUUUAAAUAUAAUCAAGGUUUCAAUAUGUAAUUUAGAGCAUCUGGAAGUAAAUUUUUUUAAUUCUGUACCUACAAAGCAGAAUAACUUGUUUCAAACUACUCUUAAGCAAGAAUGUUGGAUAUUUAAUCCACAAAUGUGUCAGGGACCCUUGGUUGUAUCUGUUUCAAAAAAUGGAACUCCUAUUGGUGCCACAUUGUUACAUAUCAAAAAUUAUAUCCCAUUAAUAUUAGAAAAUAUCAACAACUAAUAUGUAAUAUAUAUAUGUAUAUGAUUAUUUUUUGACAAAAAUGACACUUUUAUAUUAUUGUAUA